AUGGGAUUCCACAGGUGCUAUUCUUCUAAUAAUUCCGUUCGUGAUAGUUUAUUCUGUGGUGGACAGACGAAGUUUCCACGAAGCUCAGGACAUUUUGGGCCAGUUAGUCAAAUUGAAGUUGCCUUCAUAUUAUACCAGCAAGUAUGCGUCGACGAAGGUCAAGAAGUCUCCCUCCAAUUCGGUUGUCAGUUCUAUGAAGUAAGCGCAGCUGAGAACUUUGCGGGAGUAUCAUUAGCCUUCCAGUCGAUGUUGAGAGAAGCGCGGUCUGUUCAGCUGCUCAAGGCGUUACCCAUUAGGCGUAAACUGGGCGUCAACAGCGUUAGUAAGGUGCUGGGCAACAUAUUCGGCAACCGUUCCAAAGCAGACAGGAAGAAGAGACCGUCGCUCAGUAUCUGA